AUGUCUGCGUUGAACCUGUGUGAAAAGGCACUCAACGACUACCUGGAGACUAAACGAUUAGCUUAUCCUCGUUUUUACUUUGUGUCGUCUGCCGAUUUGCUCGACAUAUUGUCUAAUGGUAACAACCCACCGGCCGUCUCUAAGCACUUGCCCAAGUUAUAUGACAACUUAGCGAAGUUAGUAUUUCCCAAAACUGGUAGUAAGCAAGCGAUUGAAAUGAUUUCAAAAGAGAAUGAGGAGCACGUACCUUUUAAAGCCCCAUGCUGUGACUGUUCAGGAAAGGUAGAGACAUGGCUCAAUCGGGUGACAGACUGCAUGCGUUAUACAUUAAGGGACAUAUUCGAGCACUGUGUCAAGUCGUAUGAGGAUAAGUCUCGAGACGAGUGGGUAUUCGAUUGGCCCGCACAGCCCGCACUUGUUGGUACUCAAAUAUGGUGGACGACUGAGACGAAUCAGGCUUUUGAAAAAUUAGAAGAAGGUUAUGAGGGAGCCUUAAAAGAUUAUCAAAAGAAGCAAAUAGCUCAGUUAAAUGCCUUAAUCGUCUUGCUGUUGGGUGACUUAAGCGUAGGUGACCGACAAAAGAUCAUGACCAUCUGUACCAUCGACGUACACUCGAGAGAUGUCGUUGCUAAACUUAUUAGUGCUAAGGUGGAGAAUUCCAACGCCUUCCAGUGGCAGAGCCAACUGAGACAUCGCUGGAGCAUUAGCCUUAACAAUUGCUAUGCAAAUAUCUGUGAUGCACAAUUUCUUUAUGACUAUGAGUAUUUGGGAAACACACCCCGGCUUGUCAUCACGCCACUUACUGAUCGUUGCUAUAUCACAUUGACACAGAGCUUACAUUUAGUUAUGGGUGGUGCGCCAGCAGGACCUGCCGGUACUGGUAAAACGGAGACCACCAAAGACUUGGGCAGAGCUCUUGGUAUAAUGGUCUACGUAUUUAACUGCUCCGAACAAAUGGAUUACAAGUCUUGCGGAAAUAUAUAUAAAGGUCUCGCCCAAACCGGCUCAUGGGGCUGCUUUGACGAAUUCAAUAGAAUCUCUGUAGAGGUGUUAUCUGUAGUAUCGGUGCAAGUAAAGAGUGUGCUAGAUGCAAUCAAGGCCAAAAAGAAAAAGUUUGACUUCAUGGGGGAGUUCAUAACUCUAAUACCUACCAUAGGCAUGUUCAUCACUAUGAACCCUGGCUAUGCUGGCAGAACAGAGCUGCCUGAGAAUUUGAAAGCCUUAUUUAGGCCAUGUGCUAUGGUGGUACCCGAUUUUGAGCUAAUUUGUGAAAUUAUGUUGGUGGCCGAAGGUUUUCAGGACGCUCGUUUGUUGGCGAGAAAAUUCAUUACACUGUAUACGUUGUGUCGUGAACUGCUUUCUAAACAAGAUCAUUAUGAUUGGGGCUUGAGAGCUAUCAAAUCUGUGUUGGUGGUUGCCGGAUCUUUAAAGCGAGGUGAUCGACAGAGACCAGAAGACCAAGUACUCAUGAGAGCAUUGAGAGAUUUCAAUGUACCAAAAAUUGUUACUGACGAUACGCCUGUGUUUAUGGGAUUAAUCGGUGAUCUGUUCCCCGCACUAGAUGUCCCGAGGAAACGAGAUUUCGAUUUCGAGAAAGAAUUAGUGGCGGGUGCUUUAUCGAUGAACCUGCAACCAGAGCAUGGAUUUAUUUUAAAGAUGGUGCAACUCGUGGAGCUGUUUGCUGUAAGGCAUUCUGUUUUCAUAGAUGGAUUUGCCGGCACUGGUAAAUCUAUGGUGUGGCAGUGUCUCAACAAGACUUACCACAUGCUAAAGAUGAAACCGUUUUAUAAUGACUUAGAUCCUAAAGCCGUAACCAAUGAUGAGCUAUUUGGUAUAAUCAAUCCAGCAACACGAGAGUGGAAGGAUGGUCUGUUCUCAACGAUUAUGAGAGACAUGGCUAAUAUGCCCGGCGAUGGACCGAAAUGGAUUGUGCUUGAUGGAGAUAUUGAUCCCAUGUGGAUUGAGAGCCUAAAUACUUUAAUGGAUGAUAAUAAAGUAUUGACGUUAGCGAGUAACGAACGUAUCGCUUUAAAUAAAACUAUGCGACUGCUAUUUGAGAUCUCGAAUUUAAGAACUGCUACACCAGCUACUGUAUCUCGCGCUGGUAUUUUAUACAUCAAUCCUCAGGAUUUAGGCUGGAAUCCGUAUGUAGCAUCAUGGAUAGAGACAACGCGUGACGACGAAUCAGAAAAAACUCUGUUGACGGUGAUGUUUGACAAGUAUAUUCCACCACUGCUAGAGUCAUGUAAGAAGUAUAAGCGUGUUACACCAUUGACGGAGCUACAACAAAUCCAACUUACUUGCUACUUACUAGAAUGCUUCUUAAAUAAAACUUUGUUGCCUUCUGAUUGCCCCAAGGAAUGGUACGAAAUAUAUUUUGUAUUUUCCGUAGCGUGGGGUUUCGGAUCAGCUUUGUUCCAAGAUCAAUUAGUUGACUGGCGUAAUGAAUUCAGCAAGUGGUUCCUAAAUGAGUUUAAACAAAUCAAAUUCCCUUCUACUGGGAAUAUUUUCAGUUUCUUCAUAGACCCUGAAACGAAAAAGUUUCUACCGUGGUCUGAGCGAGUUGAGUCUUUUGAACUGGACCCUGAUCUACCUCUCCAGUCAUGCUUAGUGUCGACAUCUGAGACUACUCGCACGAGAUUCUUUAUGGACAUGUUGAUUGCAAAAGCGAAACCAGUCAUGUUAGUGGGCAGUGCCGGUAGUGGCAAGACCGUCACUGUGGCUGCGAAACUCAAUUCGUUACCUGACUCUUAUGCAGUUACCAAUGUAGGGCUUAACUUUUAUACUACAUCAGGGUUCACAGUGAAGAGGUUUAUAGAAUUCGCCUGCCUGAAAAUACUCGUACAUAUAUGUAGUACCAUCACUAAUGAGCCUAUGCACGGGACUCCGGUACACUCUAGUAAUUACUUUGUUGCAGAAAUGAUUCAAAAAGUGUUGGAAAAGCCAUUAGAGAAAAAGUCGGGUCGAAACUACGGUCCUCCGGGCGGUAAGUUCAUGAUCUACUUCGUGGAUGACAUGAACAUGCCAGAAGUGGACACCUACGGCACUGUGCAACCACACACACUUGUUAGACAGUUCAUGGAUUAUCGACACUGGUACGAUAGGCAAAAGUUGACUCUAAAAGAUAUAUCAAACUGCAUGUUCCUGGCGUGCAUGAACCCAACAGCUGGAUCUUUUACCAUAGAUUCACGAUUACAGCGACACUUUUGCACAUUUGCUAUCAGUUUUCCAGGUUUGGACGCUUGUCAACACAUAUACAAACAAAUUCUGUCGCAGCAUGUUGCCAACCCACUUAACAAAUACGGUAUUUUAGUCAUUCGCUACGUCGAUGUUCUUGUCAAUACUGCUCUCGCACUCCAUGUCAAACUAGCUUCUACUUUCCUGCCUACUGCUAUCAAAUUCCACUAUCUAUGGAACCUGAGGGAUCUAUCUAGUAUAUUCCAGGGUAUAUUGUUCACUACUGGAGAUGCGAUCAAAUCUUCAUCCGAAUUUAUAAGGCUGUGGAUGCACGAGGCUACGCGAGUUUACUCCGAUAAGCUGGUAGAUGCUGCAGAUAACGAAACCUUUAGCAAACUUAUCGCUGAGACUAUAAAGAAGAAUUGCGAAGACUUUGACGAAAACGUAGUUUUCGAGAAACCAUUGAUAUUCUGUCAUUUUGCGGAAGGAAUUGGAGACCCCAAGUACUUCCCUAUUAAAGACUGGCCGCAAAUAAAAAAGUUAUUGGAAGAAUCCCUGUCUGGGUAUAAUGAUCUAGUUGCUACAAUGAACCUAGUGUUGUUUGAGGAUGCAAUGUAUCACAUUUGCAGGAUAAAUCGCAUCAUGGAGAGUCCUCGAGGUAAUGCACUAUUGGUUGGCGUUGGCGGUUCUGGAAAACAGUCGCUGUCUAGACUCUCAGCCUUUAUAUCUUCACUGGAAGUCUUCCAGAUACAGCUUAGAAAAGGCUACGGCAUUAAUGAUUUAAAAGUUGACUUGGCUGGAUUGAAUUUAAAAGCGGGCUUGAAGAACAUAGGCUGUAUGUUCCUGAUGACAGACGGUCAAGUGGCUGAUGAACGAUUUUUGGUGCUCAUCAACGACUUACUAGCCUCCGGUGAAAUACCUGAACUGUUCGCAGACGAUGAAGUAGAAAACAUUAUAAACGGCGUUAAAGCAGAGACUAAAGCAAGUGGUGUACAAGACACACGCGAAAAUUGUUGGAGAUUCUUUAUCAAUCGUGUAAGAUCUAUGUUAAAGGUUGUAUUGUGUUUUUCUCCGGUGGGUGCAACUUUGCGUGUACGCGCUCGCAAGUUCCCGUCUGUUGUAAAUUGCAGCGCUAUCGACUGGUUCCAUCAAUGGCCGCAAGAAGCGUUGCAGUCUGUCUCCAAGCGGUUCUUAUCUGAAGUCCAUUCAUUGCCGCCCGAAUUGGUCAAUUCAGUAGCGGAUUUCAUGUCACAUGUACACCAAAGCGUGAAUAAAAUGUCAGAAGUCUACUUCCAAAACGAGAAGCGGUAUAAUUAUACUACGCCUAAGACCUUCCUCGAACAAAUAGCUCUCUAUAGCAAACUACUUAAUGAGAAAACAACGAACUUGAAGAUGAUGAUCUCAAGACUUGAAAACGGACUGGAAAAGUUAGCAUCGUGCGCUGCCGAUGUCGCUAUUCUCAAGGUGACAUUAGCUGAGCAAGAGAUCAUUUUAAAAGAAAAGAACAAAGCCGCGGAAGAGCUGAUCGACGUGGUAGGCGCUGAAAGCGAUAAAGUAUCAAAAGAAAAAGCAUUUGCUGCUGAAGAGGAGAAAAAAGUAAAGGUGAUAGAAGAGGAUGUUACAAUAAAGGCUAAGAUCUGCGCUGAUGACUUGGCUAAAGCUGAACCUGCAUUGAUUGCGGCUCAAGAGGCUUUGAAUACCCUAAAUAAGAACAACCUAACAGAGUUAAAGGCUUUCGGUUCGCCUCCUGACGCUGUUGUCAUGGUUACUGCUGCAGUACUUGUCCUGUUUUCCAAAAGGGGUAAAUUACCUAAAGAUAGAUCGUGGAAAGCUUGUAAAUUGAUGAUGGCAAAAGUGGAUCAGUUCUUAUAUGACUUGGUUUACUAUGAUAAGGAAAACAUUCACCCCGAUGUGAUUAAGGCCGUUCAGCCGUACCUCAAAAAUGCCGAGUUUCAUCCUGAUUUAAUUCGUGCGAAGUCAGCGGCCGCCGCUGGUCUCUGCGCUUGGGUGAUCAACAUUGUAAAGUUCUACGAUGUGUACGUAGUCGUUGAGCCUAAGCGACGUGCCCUCAACGCCGCUAACGCUGAGCUGCAGGCAGCCAGGGAUAAGCUAGCUUUUCUCACGGAUCAAAUUGCCGAACUAGAGGAAAAAUUGGGAGUGUUGAUGAAGGCAUUCCAGGAAGCUGUGAAUGAAAAAAUGAAAUGCCAAGCUGAAGCUGAUGCCACUAAUGCCACAAUUGAUUUGGCUAACAGACUUGUCAAUGGACUUGCCUCAGAGAAAAUAAGAUGGUCAGCAACGGUAGUGAACAUGAAGGAGUCAGGAGUUUUAUUACCGGGUGAUGUGCUUUUGGUGACAGCUUUCAUUUCUUAUGUUGGCUGCUUCACACGUGGCUAUCGUCUUCAGAUGAUGUAUGAAGAUUGGGUGCCUUCGCUUGGUAAAACCAAUCCUAAAAUAGAAAUGACGGAGAAUCUAGACCCACUGACGAUGUUAACGGACGAUGCUCAAAUAGCAACUUGGAACAACGAGGGUCUGCCUACCGACACUAUGAGUACAGAGAAUGCUACUAUUCUAACAAACUCUGCGCGCUGGCCACUUAUGAUUGAUCCUCAGCUUCAGGGUAUUAAAUGGAUAAAAUCCAAAUUCGGCGAUGCUCUCGUGGUGAUUCGACUUACGCAGCGCAACUACUUAGACCGAAUUGAGAGGGGCGUCUCUAAUGGAGACGUGUUGCUACUGGAGAAUAUUGGCGAGACAGUGGAUGCUGUACUCGAACCGCUUCUUGGCAGAGUCCUUAUACGUAAAGGAAAAGUGCUCAAGAUAGGGGACAGAGAGAUAGAUUAUCAUCCAAACUUCCGCUUUAUACUGCAAACGAAAUUGGCUAAUCCACAUUAUCAACCGGAAAUGCAGGCUCAGUGCACUCUCAUUAACUUUACUGUAACAAGAGAUGGUUUAGAGGAACAGCUUCUUGGUGAAGUAGUGAAGGCUGAGCGGCCAGAUUUAGAAGCUUUGAGAGCCGGUUUGACUAAACAACAAAAUGAUUUCAAGAUCACGCUGAAGUCUUUAGAAGACGAUUUGCUUAAGCGACUGUCAUCUGCGGGUCCGGAUAUUUUAAGCGAUGCAGCUCUGGUUAUUAACUUAGAGACCACUAAAAAGACUGCCGCUGACAUUGAAAUCAAGGUAGAGGAGGGUAAAGUUACUGCCGUUAAGAUUGACGAAGCUCGAGAAAGAUAUAGACGUGCGGCUACAAGGGCUUCUAUGCUGUACUUCAUUCUCAACGAAAUUUACAAGAUAAAUCCGAUGUACCAAUUUUCACUAAAGGCAUAUAGUGUGGUUUUCAAGGAAGCAUUACGUACUGCCGAAAAGGCCGAUGAACUGGAGAAGCGAGUGCGAAACUUGCUCGAUAGCAUAACAUUUUCAGUCUACGUGUACACGUGUCGAGGUCUCUUUGAGAGGGACAAACUCGUGUUUUUGUUUCUUGUGACGCUACAGGUUCUUCAAACAGAGGGUAGACUAGAUAUGCGAGAAUUAGAUUUCUUGCUGAAGUACGCUGUGGCACCAGAAAAUUCACCGUAUUCUUGGUUAUCUAAUAACUCUUGGGGUGGCGUUAUAGCACUAUCCAAGAUGGAUGCUUUUGAAGACCUAGACAAGGAAAUAGAAGGAGCUACUAAAAGAUGGGAGAAAUAUACAGAAGGGGAAGCUCCUGAAAGAGACAAGCUGCCAGGAGAUUGGAAAAAUAAAACUUCUCUGCAACGUUUAUGCAUCAUGCGAGCUCUGCGGCCAGACAGAAUGUCUUACGCCUCAAGUGCAUUUUGUGAGGAAAAUCUGGGUUCAAAGUUUGUUGAAGCCCGGACUCCUCCUUUGGAAAUAUCUUAUCAAGAAAGUAAUUCACAAACAGCUAUGUUUUUCAUCCUAUCACCUGGUGUCGACCCUCUGAAGGAUUUAGAAAAAUUAGGUCGUAAAAUAGGCUUCGCAACAGACAAGAAGAACUUUCACAUAGUCUCAUUAGGUCAAGGUCAAGAGGUAGUGGCUGAAUCAGCUAUGGGUAUAGCUUCUGCUAAUGGACACUGGGUUAUAUUGCAAAAUAUUCACUUGGUUGCUAAGUGGCUUUCGACCUUAGAGAAGAAAAUGGAGGAAUGUUUCGAAAACCCUGAAGAGGACUAUCGGUUGUAUCUAAGCGCUGAGCCAGCAGCUGACGCCGCAUACCAUGUCAUACCGCAAGGUAUUUUGGAGUCUGCAAUCAAAAUUACAAAUGAACCGCCUAUUGGAAUGUGGGCGAACUUGCACAAGUCUCUAGACAACUUCAGUCAAGAGACUUUAGAAAUGUGCAGUAAAGAGGCGGAGUUCAAAUCCGUUUUGUUCGCACUCUGCUACUUCCAUGCUGUUGUUGCGGAGAGGCGCAAGUUUGGUCCACAAGGCUGGAACAGGGUUUAUCCAUUCAACUUCGGCGAUUUGACGAUCUGCGUCUACGUAUUGUACAACUAUUUGGAGGCGAACCCUCGUGUGCCCUGGGAGGACUUGCGCUAUCUGUUCGGAGAGAUUAUGUAUGGAGGACACAUUACUGACGACUGGGAUAGGCGGCUGUGUCGCACAUUCUUGCUUGAAUACAUGGCACCGGAACUGGUGGACGGUGAACUGCAACUGGCGCCUGGGUUCAUAUCGCCUCCUAAUUCUGACUAUGUUGGCUAUCAUGCCUAUAUUGAUGAUUACUUGCCUGACGAAACUCCCUAUCUCUAUGGACUACAUCCUAAUGCUGAGAUCGGCUAUUUGACUACAGUAUCUGAAAGACUAUUUGGUGUAGUGUUUGAAAUGCAACCAAGAGACACGGGCGCACAAGCUGGUGGUGGAGCUACCAAGGAAGAAAUAAUACGCGCGCUUUUGGAUGACUUCCUGGAUAGAGUGCCGGAGCCGUUUAAUCUUCAGGAGUUGAUGGGGAAAGUGGAAGAACUGACUCCUUACACUAUAGUGGCAUUGCAAGAGUGCGAGCGAAUGAACCGUCUCAUGGCAGAGAUCCGUAGAUCUUUAAAGGAAACAGAAUUAGGUCUUAAGGGUGAAUUGACAAUCAGCAGCGACAUGGAGAAGCUAAUGGAGUCUCUGUUCAUGGACAAGGUGCCCGACUCAUGGACAAAACUGGCCUAUCCCAGUUUGUUGGGCCUCGCUGCUUGGUUCUCUGACCUUUGUAUGAGGUUGACCGAAUUAGAGAACUGGUCCGGCGACUUUAACUUGCCCCCGGCGGUGUGGUUGGCAGGAUUUUUCAAUCCUCAGUCAUUCUUAACUGCCAUUAUGCAACAGACGGCGCGAAAGAACGAUUGGCCAUUAGAUAAAAUGUGUCUCAACUGUGACGUCACAAAGAAAAACCGACAAGACUUCAAUGCUCCGCCACGUGAAGGUGCGAACAUCUGCGGACUGUUCAUGGAGGGUGCGCGUUGGGAUACCACCACCGGUGGCAUUGUCGAAUCACGCAUGAUGGAGCUCUUCCCUAUGAUGCCUGUCAUUUUUAUCAAAGCAGUUACGCAGGACAAACAGGAAGUUCGAAACGUGUACGAGUGCCCUGUCUACAAGAUUCGAAUGCGCGGUCCAACAUUCGUAUGGACUUUCAACUUGAAGACCAAAGACAAGCCGACUCGUUGGACACUCGCAGGAGUCGCCCUACUUCUCGGCAUUUAA